AUGGCGGGGUGGGUGAGUCGCAUGAGGUCCGCCUUUGGGGCGUCUUUCCUGUGGCUCGUGUCCUUCGUCUACUUCACACAGGUUCGAUCGAUCUCCCCUCCCAUGUCCGUUUUCUGUCUUUCGGUGCCUCCAUUCUUGGAGGAUGAGAUUUGAGUUCAUACUCUGUUUCUGAUUGUCCGAGGUUUCGAAUCCGGUUCUGGUUCUCGCUGAGGUUUGAAUGUGUGAGGGCUGGAUGACUGCGAAGAUGCGACAUACUUGCGUUCUUGUUACUUUUACAGUGUAUGGAGUAGUGGGAAUUUUUAUGAUUAGCCUAUCACCAGUCUGGAAAAGAUUUGGGGACAAAAACAGAAGAAAAUGCCAUCUCUGGUUUUCUAUUAAUGUUAUUUUUAAAUUGCAAGCAAGGCCGAUUGAAGUUAGCUAAACCACCUGCACUACGAGAUGUAAUAUUUCGGUCGUUUUUGGAAUUAUCUGUUUCUUUCGCUCUAAGAAAAGCUUUUCUCAUCUUCUAGAAUAUUCAAGACCCCGAGCAUGGAGCUGUAUUAUAUGGACGUUAUAAUGCAGCAAAUGAUGGAUUUAUCAAACAUGAGAUGCUUUCGUAGACGCCCCUUUUAGGAAGAUGUGGAUAAUUUGAAACAGUGCCAUCUUUUAUCUUGGAGGGUAAGAUCGUUGUAAAAAAAAAACUCGCAAACUCAUCUUUUCUCUUCUUGUAUGUUGGCUUUCCUACUCAGGGUUAGUGCGCACGUUUUUUGGUAUCAGUUCUGUGGGAGAGACAUAGCGAGAAGGAUAAUGUCUUGCCACAUUCAUCUACACUUGCAUCCAUACUAUCUUUCUGGAUGUGUGCUCGUUGUACUGUUGAUAUUGUCACAAGCAGCACUUGGGUGAUGCUGGGGCCAUGAAACAAUUAAUAUCUUGUCCACUCUUUUUGUGGUCUUUCAGAUCUUGUGAAACCUCAGCCACUUGGUCCUCAGGGGUGAGUGAUGGAUAUUGUCCUCCCUGAUUAUCACCAUCAUCAUCAUCACCAUCAGGGCCAGCAGUUAUCCAUUAAUUUAAGGUUGACUUGAUCCAAGCAUCUAUAACGCUUUGACAACUUUUCUAAACCACUUUCCUAACAUUAACCCACCCUCCUAAAGAGUUUUCCACACUGAGCUGAUGAAGGCAAUAAGAUCUAUCGGAAGUCAAAUGACUCUAAUCAUCAGAAAACCAUAAAUCGAAUGACUUAUGGUUGAACACUAAAACCCAUCUCAAAGGAAGAGCUUAGUAGAUCUAUUCUCUGGGACACCUCUAGGUAUGUGGGAAGGAUGAAUACCUAGACGUUUUAGCUGCUAUGUGAUCAUCACGUGUAUAAUAAGGAAUCUUUUGAGACUUACCGCCCACUGUUUUCUUAAUACGUUCUGUUUCAGAUUCUAUCGUUUGAGUAGAUUACGCACAUUUCUGAAUUCGGCCCCAUCCUAUCAUGUACUUUUUGGAUUUCUGUUGCACGUUGGAGAUGAAAAAAAUAUGUGGAAACUCUGGAGUGGAUAGCAAAUGUUAGGGCACUGGUGAGAGAGGGGUGCUGGUUGACAAGAAUAUCAUUGUGAGGUAAAAGAGGAUAAAUAAUUUCUCUUACUCUGGGGUAGUGAAUUAGUAAGAAAGGGGGCUAUCCUCGAAAGUAUCUUCUGGCAAUAAUUUUCCAUAAGUGUCUUAACGGAAAACUUAUAUUUUAAUCUGUUGUUAAAUAGAUUCAUUGCAUGAAUUAUUUUUAUGCAUCUCGCAGGGUAUGAUAUUUUGAAUAUAACCAUUCAAAGCUGACAAUUGAAGCCUUCAUUACUUGGCUGUAGUCUUGUUUCCGUGAUAACAGUGACUUCAUUUUUGAAACGCCUCUUAUUUCCAAUUCUUAUUUUCUUUCAUUUCAUUUUAUAAACCUUCUUCUUACCAUGAUGUAUAUAUACUAUGUUGGUUUAGUUACGUUUUUCUUAAAUCUCAAGUUGGUCCUUUUUGGUGUAGGGUUUCAGAUCCUUUGUUUGGACUGCUGUUUCUUACCAGCUCAAAGACAUACUAAAGCUUUCACCGUCAGCAUCACAAUUUGUUGUUUCUGCAGCAUUUUUUCCUUGGAGCAUAAAGCCAUUUUAUGGGUAUAAUUGCAUUAACUACUGUGACGCUCUUAUUUAUACAUUUUCUUGAAACAAGGCGGCCAGAUAUGUUACGCAUGUUUCUGUUCUUUUAUUUUCCAUCUGCAAUCCUCUUGCAUGAUAUUUCCAACUGCGAACUUUUUCAAUGAUCUGUUAGUUUUCUUCAACUAUGAACGAUGGUUAUGUAGUCUUAGCCAAUAUUCAUUUGUAGUAAAACUAUCCAACCUCAGAGAAAUAUAUAUUAAAAAAUCAUAUUUUAGAAGUUGCCAUGAGACUAUAAAACAUCUAUCCUUAAUUAUAAUAGAUGGAGUGUCAAUGUUUAGUCUUCUAAACCUUUGAAGACAUCAAUUUUUCUAGUUACAAUAGCCUCUGAGGAGUCCUCAAUAAGUUGGAUGGCUCUACAGGCCAUGUGAAAGAAAAAUUUGUCUUUAAAUCGUAUUUUAUUUCUCUCCCCAAUCUGCCUGACAGCGUGUCUGGCAGGAGGGUCUUUUACCAUUUAAUUUGACCUUUAACGCUGUCAACAGUGGCAUUGGUUAUCUGUUGCGUAAGAUAUCCCCUUUUAAUACUUCUUCAGAUGACAAAUAAGUUGCCGAUUGUUUUUCUUUAAUGCCAUAAAAUCUGUUUGUCAUUGACAUGAGUCUGCUUCCUGGGUUUCAUCUUCCUCACAUGCACAUUUUUGAGGAAAGACUAUUAUGCAGAUGGGGUAUUUCAGUGUAACUCUUCAGCCUUCACCCUUUUUCCCCCUAAUUUAUGUAUUCUUAAGAUAAAUGUUGCCUCUGACUCAAGAAAUUUCUCUGCUUCUGCAUGUGUACAUUCUUCUAAAUUGAAACUCCUGUUGCUCUGAAUUUUCCUGAAACAUGAUAAAUGCGGCUUUCUUCAUCCUUAUUUCAGAGAGAUCACUGCACUUUGCUAUCAUGGUUGUUCCAGAAUAUCAUUGAUCAUUUAAGAAUGAACUGGAGUUCAGUUUUGUUUAGGAUGUAGAAAUACUCGUCCUUUUGAUUUUGUGAAUUAAAUUCUAAACUAAGUGAUUAUCCUGACAUCUGGAGCAACCAUCUUAAAUUUAUCGUUGUAAACUUAUCCAAUUCGAGCUUUUAUGUGUUGUGGAUCCUUCUCCACCGAAGAUCUACCUUCUUCCAGAAUGAAUUUAAUGUUUGACACACUAAAUGCAAAAGAAGGGGCGAAAAUCGUAAGAUCCUUUUGCCGUUAUCAAGAACUUCUGAAGCAUCCAUAUAUCACGCAUUUGUAAGAAUGUAGAAUGUAUCUGCAGGGAUGAGGAUGCAGUUGCAAUUUAUACAUUUCUUCCUUAUUCCUAAAUGAAACACAGUUCCACUGAUGUGGUCUCUCUGCUCUGCUUCACUGUAUAGCAUGCGUAAUGACUGUUUGCUUUUUACAGGAUCUUGUCAGAUUGCAUACCUAUUAGGGGAAGAAAGCGUGUACCAUACUUAAUCAUAGCGACUAUAUUAUCCCUUUUCCCCUGGGUUGUGCUUGGACUUAUAUCAACCCUCAGGAAUUCACACAUUUGGCUCACUAUUUUCCUUUGCAUGCAAAACUUUGGUUCUGCAAUGGCUGAUGUCGUUAUUGAUGCAAUGAUUGCAGAAGCUGUUCGAUCAGAACGGUAUGGUCCUUUAUCCACAAAGCUUGGAGUCCUUCAUCUACUUCAAUACCUGCUACUUAAAUAAUUCUUUUUCUUAUUCAGAGCAGCGUUUGCUGGUGAUCUCCAAUCUCUUUCGUGGUCAGCAAUGGCUUUUGGAGGAGUCUGUGGGAGUCUUUUGGGAGGGAUUACAUUAUCAAAUCUCAAAAUAAGCAAUAUUUUCCUUCUUUUCUCGGUAUUGCCAACCAUCCAGCUAUUGUCAUGUGCUUCGGUUGAUGAGCUUUCUUCUAGUAGGAAAACCAGGAGCAUGACAGGGAAAAACGAAGGUUUAGAGGAUGAUGGUAACCUGGUUAAAGAUGAAAAUCUAGGACUCCAAACUAGUUUAGAUAAGGCCGCAAGUGAAAAUGUCCAAAGUGAGGGUGACGCUACCUCUCUUAAUGGAAACAGCUCUUUACUUGGUGCAUCCAACAGUAGCACUUUUAGAAUAAGUAAAGCACACCAAAGAAGAGGCAAAGAAAAGAGAACCGCGACAGAGGUGGACAUUGUAGAAGAAAGUGAUCGAUCAUUGAGUUCAAAAUGGUUUUUGUCACUGAAAUCAGCAUUUUAUAGCUUGUGCAAUGCAUUUAGGCAACCAAUCAUCCUAAGGUAAUUUUUUGUGGUAUUCCAUGUAUUUUUUGCUCUUUAUAAUUUCCUGGGAAAGCAAGUGAUUGACAUUUCAUUUCUUGUCAACAAGGUCAGACCAAUGGCAUGGUUCUUCUUUUCUCAUGUAACUGUUCCAAAUCUCUCAACAGCCAUAUUUUAUUACCAAACCGAAGCCUUGCACUUGGAUGCGUCCUUCUUAGGUACCGCACGUGUGAUGGGAUGGUGUGGUCUCAUGUUUGGUACAUUUAUGUAUAAUCGCUACUUGAAAAGGCUGAGAUUACGAAAAAUUCUCUUGUAAGUAACCUAUUAACGACUUUUCUUGAUAUUCUAAUAUCUUGUGAUCCAUGUCUUUUAUUCACCCUGUUUCCAAAUAGAAAAUAAAUGACAUAUUAAAGUGAGCGGACCAUUUCUGUCUUGCCAAUUUGUGUCAACUUAUGUUAAUUGACUUAGUUUCUCCAAGGAGUCAUGGCACAUGCUUCCACUCAACUUUGGCUUUCCACAUUGUUCAACCCCCAUAACCGAGGCCACUAUUUUUGCUCAGUGCGAAAAUAUUAGGGUGACAGCUGUUUAUCCCCAUCCUUAAUGAGUAGGUUCUUUGAUGACGAGUUCUAUUUCAGGUAUUUGUCGUCUGUCGGAUCAGUCAUUGAGACAUUAGAAUCUUCUUAUAUAUACUUCGGAAGCUUUUUCCCAUUUAAUAUUCUAAAUGAUACAUUCUGUGACAUUUUGACAAGAGGGUGCUCAAGAUUGUAUCAUCUCUGGAGGCAUCUCCCUGUUACGCUUCAGGAUGUGUACAUAAGUUAAGAAAACAUUCUUUACGAUUCAUGCCUAAUUAUGAAGCGAUUUGAUGACGGUGAAGAAUUGAAUAUAUGGUGAACACAACGUUAUUUAGAAUGAAGUAUGAUGGAGAUGAUAGUUUUCAAUAUUUUUUUAAUGCAUUUUCCUAUCAGACAUUCCAUGCAGCAAGACAAGUUUAGUAAACUGGUUUUGAUUUGACUUCAUCUUCUCUGACUUUGAGCCAGUUUUACAUUCAUUUAACCAUUCUCCCUGUCCUAGUAAUAGUCCUUUUUUCUGAUACAGGUGCGCUCAUAUUGGUUUAGCUCUCUCGAUUCUCUUUGAUGUUGCAUUAGUAUCUCGAGUACAUGUAAAUCUUGGCAUAUCGGACAAAUAUAUGGUACUCUUUGGUUCAGCUCUGUCUGAUGCUAUAAAUCAGUUCAAGUAUGUUUCCUUUUCUCCUUUAUGUAAUAAUAGUUAUUCUGAUUUUAAACGUAUGACUAUCGUCAUUGGUAGUAGUCGAUGCAAGUGCUUGUUGUUAUGAUUAUAAAGUCGUAGCUCCGGCAUUGUUUGAAACACCAUAAAGGGAACAUUACCCGGCAAACAGAGAUUAGUAGAUCAAAGUGGGGGGUCUUCUUUACAAAGAGAGUGAAUCAUGAAUUAACAAUCAUAUUCCAUACCCUAAUUGGUCCAGGAGAUCGGCAAACUCAUCUAGGUGCCGAUUAUGGUCCCAACUUUGUGCAUAACCAGGAUGUUGAUCAAGUGACCAAUGUCGAUUCUCAUCUCUCUUCACUCUGAUACAGGCCCAAUAAGGGUCUAUAUCCGAAAAAGGAAGAAGAGGGUGCAAAGGCUCAUCACGACCCACCAGGCCCAGUUAGAGCCUCUAAAUUCAACAGUGGAGCCUUUCCCACAAAAAGAGAAGGAAUCUGAAGUAAGAAUUCUCCCUUCCCCUUUAUUAGCCUUAUCUCUCUCUCUCUCUCUCUCUAUCUCCCCGUUUCUCAUUCUAUGAUCCCUGUCCCAGGAAAAGGGUCCCUGCCGGCGCCCCCUUCCCCAGGAGAUUUAUGAAGACCGUCCCUUUUCUCUACCUUUUUUCUCCCUCGUUCCUUUGAAGUUUCCCUUUCUCUGUGGAAGACUAUUGCCUGGUUGAAUUUGAGGAUUUGUUCAUCGGAAGAAGAAAUACAAAUCACAAGAUAGGAUCUAGAGCCAUAGCACACUCACAUUGAAAAUUGUUUCAUAGAACCCCACCUUUCAAUUGGCAAUGAAUCAGUCAACAGAACGGCCUAUCUUCCUGAAUAAAAUAAUUGUUUUCAUAUCUUUACGUUGAAUAACAGUCCAUGUUGGCUAUUUGUUACCGAGAAACCUAGGAACGGUGGAAAUAAUUCCUGGCCGGUGACGAUUUGGUGUGAUCAUUUAAGUCACAUUGAUUGAUAGUUUUUAUUAUGUACCCCUUUCUGUGGAUAAAAUGGUUUGACGUACACUUUAUAACGAAUAAAAUACAUUUAGUUUUUUAGCAUAGUUUGGGCUCAUCUUUCAGAUUGGUUUAUCUGGCUGACCAGUCUGGAUUGGAUAAUACGCAGUUAACUUAACUUGAUGGAGUGAUUAGAUUUAGAUAGAAAGUUAUUGGAAUAAGAGAGCAAAAAGAGCAGGGACCGGAACAGUGACAGUAUGACAGCGAUCUUGAACUGUUUUCUUUUAUUAACUUCCCGUUCCACUUUUGUAUGACCGUUUUUAAUAUCUUUUUCGUAAUACUUGAUUUUCUACAAUGGUAUAGAAAUAUUGAACUUGCAAUAUUGUCAGCUCUUUUUAUAAUCUAGAUUUAACCCUAAUGUUUUCCCAUCCUAUUGAUCAAGAUGAGACAUUUAUAUCUAUGACAACUUAAAACCCUUUGAUUACUGGUCUUUCGUGUGAUUUCCACCAAAAUUUAUUAUUCUAAGAUGGCGCCAAUAGGGAUCUUGUUAGCGGAGUAUUGCCUUGGAACACACUGAUAUCGGUAUAUUCUUGCCCCAAAUGCAAAAUGAUUCUGUAAAUCAUUUUCUUAUUUAUCUGACCCCUAAAAUUAUUAAAAAAAUGGUCAAAUGCUUCCAAGGAUUAGCAGAUUCUGAAAUAUGGUGAAUGAUUAAAAUUGGAAUUGCACUGGCUUUCAGAAACUUAUUCUUUCAUUCAGCAUUUGACUUUUGGGUUGAGACACGUUUGAGUUGACUUUCUAUUGGACUAUGCAGGAUGAUGCCUUUUUUGAUUAUUUCGGGUCAGCUGUGCCCACCAGGAAUUGAAGGAACACUUUUCGCAUUAUUCAUGUCCAUAAACAACCUGGGGUCAACUCUGGGGUCAUUCUUUGGAGCUUUUUUGGCCUCAGCAUUGAAAAUUUCAUCACAAAAUUUUGACAACCUCCUACUGGGGAUUAUCCUGCAGCUCGUCGCCACCUUCAUCCCCAUUCUAUUCCUUUUCUUGAUACCAAAGGAAGCCACUGGAUUAGUGGCAUAG